GCUUGAACGUGAUUGGUUAAAUCUUUCAAUAUAUAUUGCUUACCAUCUUGGAGAAACAGGUUUUUGCGUCACACUCAUCGAGAUGCGACAUACAUAAUACGUGUUGACGAAGUUGUUCAAAUAGAGUCGGAUUCCGCCCGGGAGUUUCUACAAGAUCUUGCAAUGAUUGUAAGACUUGAUUUAUUCGAGGCGUAUUAUAUACCGUGUAACAAGCGAUUUUCUACUAGUUAUAACCAAAUAUUCUUAACUAACUUAUAAACUUAUACUUCUAUAACUCAAUAACUCAAUUAAAUAAUAUUACGAUGCCUCUCUUUUCUAGCCGUAGGCACGAAGAAGACGUGGUCGAGGAACCUGUCAAUGAGAACGAGUCGAAGAGACACGGUCUUUUCGGCUCCCGUCACCGGUCACCUUCUCCAGCCAAUACUCGCAGCAGCACGACUAAUAGCACGACUAAUAGCUCCAGACACUCGGAUGCUUCUUCACCUUCACGCCACCGAAGUGUGCUACAGCGCACCUUCGGACACGGCAACACCACCAAUCCUGACAUCGACCCGUCAAUCGUUCAGGCACGCGAGCGCGUCAUGCAGGCCGAGAUAGCCGAGCGGGAUGCCGACAGAGCUCUUGAAUCGGCUCGGGUGCGCGUCCGCGAGGCCAGGGCCGAGGUCAAGAGAAUAGAGCUGGAGGCUGCCGAGGAAGCCCGACGCGCGAAGAUUAAGCAAUACCACGCCCGUGAGGUCUCGAAGCGGGGCAAGCAGCUUGGCCGUCACGAUGUUUAAGCCAUAAACCUACGGUGCAGCAAGGUCCACCUGCACUAAUCCGUCUGUGGAUUUCCUGGGCCGCCCAAGCGAAGAAAGCGAUGAAUUUUAUGUUGAGACUGGAGAGCUUGAUUCAAGACGAUACCUAUUUCUUACUUGUACUAUCAUAUUGUAUGCAUCCCCAUGGCGAUAAAUGUUUGACGAGUGUACGAUAAUAUUAUGAACACAAGAUGAUAAAUAUAGUCUACUGUUUUAAAUAUUAAUACGGAAUCAAUUAUUCAA